CUCCCGCCGCUGCGGCUCUCCAUCCUUCCAGUGCCGGAGGACCGCUCCCCAGCGGUGGCGUCCUGACCAUCCUCACCUUCCUCCUGCCUCUGUCUCCCGCGCAUGUAGUAGUGGAACUCAUUGGGACAUCUUUGCAUAGCCCCAUCCUGGCACAAGCUCUGUGAUGUGUGCAUCGUGAGUUUGUUCAAGUACAUUGGACUCUUCACAAGGAAUUGCUGGAUUUGAAGACUAGGAUGGAAGAGCUGGCACCAGUGGAAGGCGAGGGCCGGCUCCCGAGCCCCCACCAGGGCUCUCUGAGGAAGGUCGUGGCAGCUGCCCUGGCCCUGGACGGGGAAUCCACAAUGGGUCGUAGGAAAAAGAAGAAGAAAGAGUCCCGCCCAGAAUCUAUCAUCAUCUACAGGUCAGAGAGUGACAAACUGGAUGAGGAGCCUGGGGAAUUCGAAGGUGGAGACCAGCCUAAAGAGGAGGAGGGAGAUGAUUUCCUAGACUAUCCUGGGGAUGAUGAUAUGUGGAACAUGCCUUCGGACAGCCGCUAUGUCACGUUAACUGGGACCAUCACACGAGGGAAGAAAAAGGGGCAGCUGGUAGACAUCCAUGUCACGUUGACAGAGAAGGAGCUGCAGGAACUGACCAAGCCUAAAGUGUCGUCAAGGGAGAUGACACCUGGAGGUAGAAAGGCCUGCCAGUUGGGAGCAGACCGUGGGCCCCACGUGGUCCUCUGGACGCUGGUCUGCCUGCCUGUGGUCUUCAUCCUCUCCUUCGUGGUCUCUUUCUACUAUGGCACUAUCACCUGGUACAACAUCUUCCUUGUGUACAAUGAGGAGAGGACCUUCUGGCACAAGAUCUCAUGUUGCCCCUGCCUCAUUCUCUUCUAUCCAGUGCUCAUCAUGGCCAUGGCCUCUUCCCUGGGCCUCUAUGCUGCUGUGGUCCAGCUCUCGUGGUCCUGGGGAGCGUGGUGGCAAGCUGCCCGGGACAUGGAGAAAGGCUUCUGUGGCUGGCUGUGCAGCAAGCUGGGUCUGGAGGACUGUUCUCCCUACACCAUUGUGGAGUUGCUUGAAUCUGAUAACAUCUCAGGCAAUCUGUCCAACAAGGAUGCCACCCAGGAGGUAGAAACGUCCACUGUCUAAACUCCCAAUAGCUUACUUUAUUCUCGGCUCUCAGUAGCCUGUAUAUCACCUUUCAACUCCAGAAUAUUCUUUCUUUAAAUGAUUCCCUCCCCUCCCCCUCUCUCCUCCCCCAAUGCAAGUUCUGGAAAAUUCUAGCCCACACUGAUCUGUCCUACAAUCUUGUUGGUUCCAGGAGGGCAGGGAACAGAAAAGCAAUUUGUGCAAAAUAGUCCAUCCAGUGGAUAAGCUCUUCUGCAUUCCUUACCCUAAGAUGACCGUUUAUCUGGGACAGGGAUCUCAGUUGUGUCAGUUCAGGAGCCUGAAGGUGUCCCUGGUGCCUGGAACCCAGGGGAGUAUGUGACUAAAUGUGACAGAGAGACUCAGGAGGCUCAGGGGAGACCAAGUCCACCAAUAAGAUAAUAGAUAGGGAUGAAGUGAGACAUUUAGGAAGCAGAGCUACUUCAGUGUAGCAGAAUGUAAAGAUUUGUGUGGAUCACUUAGAUUUUGAUUUUGAUAUUAAAUAUAAUUAAAUUCAAAUAUCAGUAAUUUAAACAAGAUAGAAAGUCGGUUUCUUUCCUGUAUAGAAGUCUGGAGGCAGACCAUCAGGGAACCUAUCAUCAGUAGGAUGGGACCCUCAUCACCUUUAUCCUUAGCACCCCAGGGCUGACUACAUCUCCAGCCAUGAUGUCCAUGUAUCUGGCAGAACAAGGAAAGGGCAAAGAAGACCACACCCUCUCAGGCUAAGGAGGCUUCCUAGAUGGCCCGCUCAACACCUCUUAAAGCUUAUUGGCCAGGCCUUGGUCAUGUGACCUUACAAGCAAAAGAGGCAAGGAAACACAGCCUUCUGGCUAGGCAGCUAUAUUCCAGGGUAAAUGUUUGGGUUCUGCUAAUGUAAGAGACAAGGAAACAAUGGCUAUUUUGGUAGGCAAAUAUGAAUCUCUGCCUCACAGUAAUCGUUUAAAUAUAUUCCGAUCCCAAACUAGGAGUGUAGUUUGUUUGUUUGUUUUUAUUUAUUUAUUUAUUUAUUUAUUUAUUUAUUUAUUUAUUUAUCUAUCUAUCUAUCUAUCUAUCUAUCUAUCUAUCUAUCUAGGCCUAACUCUUACAUGGAGAAUUUAUACAUAGAUACUAGCUACAUACACUAUGCAUAAAUCAUACAUAGAUGUUAGCAACUCAUGUACUUUGCAAUUAAAUAUCUGUAAUGCCAUGUGAUUUCAGGUUUUUUAGAAAGGAAGAGUACAAUUAUAGUAGCACAACUUUUCCCUGGUAGUAAGGGUAGGACUGUGUGGUGACAUUUAAUCUAAUGUACAGAUGAAAGACUGGGAAGGGAGGGAUUGCAUCUGUUAGAAUCACCCCAGCAGGGUCAGUAGCCCUACGCACAAGGAAGAAAGAGAUAGCUUUGUGUCAUUUGUCAGACUCACUCAGAGCAUCACUCAUUCAGCUGUUCCUGGAGUUUAGAGACAAACACUUUCCUUGCUGUGCUGAAAAGCUUGGGUCUUCCUGGCCACUGGGGUAUAAACCAGAUGAAUCCAGAUUAACAGAUUCUGAACUUAAAAAAAAAAAUUAAUUCCUAAGGAUAUCUUUCUAAGUUCAAAAAAACCCCAUCAAAUUCUAAGAGGUCAAGCAGGUUUUGGAGGUUUGGGUCCUUAACAAGAAUAGCUGGUGCCCCUAUUCAUGUCUCAGGAAGAAGCUGGUGAAAGAACUGCUGGGAAUCAAACCAGAUGGGUCACACGUGCUGCCCCACAGAAGGCCAGGGACAUUUGCCUAAUGUAUGGUGCUGAACUCCACCUUAAGAGGAAACCCCACCGUUAAAAAAAAAAACAAACUAUUAUUAGUUUGAAAAAAGACUCCAACAUUUUAAAAGAUAAACUUGGUGCUCUCUGGUGCUUUUGCAGAGAUAAAAACAAUUGAAAUGAAGACGAA